CUCUCUAGGAAUUCCACAAGCUUAACAUAAUUAGCCGAGAGAUGUCGCCGCCCUCCAUCAGCGAGCUGUCCUUGAGCGGCUUGAUUGCUCGCCUCAAAGAGGUUGAUCACAUCAAAGGCAUCAAGAGUCCGGACGAUGAGCAGGCAGCGUUACUUGCCACUGAAACCGAUGUGAAGAAGGCACUUUUCGAAGAGUUGCAGGGGGCCAGUUCCGGCAUUUUUUCCUUCGAGAAGAAGGUUGCAAAAGAGUUUUUGCAAACACAGAUCAAGUCGGUGGAUGAUGCAGCCAAAGGAGCUGAUGCGAAGAAGAUGAAGCUUCAGGAGCUUUUGUCCGGCGUUGAGGGCGCGGCUUCAAAGGAAGACCCUGCUCAUGUACGGCGUGCGCGACAGGACCUUGCCAAGGCUGAGAAAGCCUUUGAGGAAGCGACGAAGAACUACGAGCGAUGGGAGAAAGGGAAGAAGAUGUUCUCCGUGGAUGAGAUUAAGGCGUUGAAAAGAGCCUUCGAAGAAGGGAAGCAAAAGGUGGAGAAAGCGAGGGGUCUGGUGGAGCAACAGCAGCAGCGUCGGGCCACCGCAGCUGUAGCCCCUUUGACCGAGGAGAAAGAAAGGGGUGCUGCGGCUGUAGCGACAGAAGCGCGGCUGGCCAAGAGCGCUAAGGCGCCUGGAAAGGUGGCCAACCCAGCUGUAAGCACCAAGGCGGCGCCCGCAGGGUAUCCCAAGCAGCCACCACCAGCAGCGCUGAGACAGGCGCAGUUGGCUGCACAGGUGCGGAUGGAAGCACAGCACCCUGAGGAGCCGAAGCCAGCACCCGCACCACGACCCAAUCCACGACCACGAGUUGAAGCUCCCAAGGAUGCGCCAGUGCUCUCCUACGCGUGCACCUGUUCUGCAGUGGCAGAACAUUUAGGCGUCUCAGAGGCGCAAGCUCGAGACCUUGCACAGUCUGCUGGUGAAUUUGCUCAGCAUUUUGAUGAGGAGGUCUGGCAAGCAAUCCAGGACAGAUCGUUGGCCAUCGAAAAGGCCAACAGGGAGAAACAGCGAGAAGCGGAACGGAGGAAGCAGGAAAAAGCUUUAGCCAAGGUGACUCAGGUUGAAAGCAGUGGCCAUCUCAGCACAGUGGAGCUGAAACGCUUUUUCCGUGCCAGCAUCGGCCAUGAGGUGUGGCCAAUGGAGCCAAUGGACAAACGACAAAGGUCGCAGCACCUCAGGCUCCAAUGAUGAACGUGUCCCCAAGAAUGGCGCCGUCAGCAUUGACGAGCAUGCCAAGUUGGGUUCUUUCGUGAACGUCGAUUCAGCAACGGCUAGCAUCGUUUGCGUCGAGAGUUCUUGUCGGAGGAAGUAAAGAAUUGGAGUCACAGCGCUCCAAACGCCAACCGCUCCAGAGCCUUAAAGCAAAAGCGAGACCACAUGUUUCGUGUGGAAAACCAUCGCCGCCCAUUCGCAGGGAGUGUUUUAUAGAAUUUUGUAAUGAUUGGGCUUUCCUUUUGAGAGAAUCCCCGCCCUGACUUUCAUUCUAUAUGGCCCUUUGCAGAGAUGACGUAAUGAAGGAUUGAACAGGAUUGUCAGGAUUGUCUUCGACACAAAGCUUUUUAAAACAAUUUCACUUAUUCCACCCAAACCAUUCUGUGUAAGAAGGCGCAUGGGGGACUCCAAAGCUCUAGCGUUAAGCUUUUAUGCAAAAUAGUGGCAGAGACUUCUUUUAGAUGGUCUUGUCUUCAGGAUUUGGAGGGUUAAUAUGGAGUGACUUGUAACUUGUAACGAAGCCCCAACCGAAACCAAAAACACAUGAAACAAGUCUUUAGUAAGUAGACACUGGACCAAGUGCCGCAGACAAGAGUGCGCUGUGCUUCAUGUUGAAAAGUGCACUGGUAGUCUAACUCACCUUGUGAAGAAACAGUGGGUAGUAGCCUCACUGGUGCCAAUCCGUGGAAAACCAAGGCGGACGCAGAAAACGCGCAGCCUCAGUAGAUGAGAUCAAAUUUGGAACGUUCAUGUUGAAGUUUCGUCACAAGAUGUCACAAGGCUUUCAGCUUGGACCGGUCAGGCCAUGGACCCCAUCAAGUUCCGGGAGGCCGCGAAGGCCAAGCCGCAGCCCAAACCGAAGGCUCAAGGAGCGCCGAAGGCGAAGGAUGCCAAGGCCCCAGUCAAGAAGCUUGCGGUGGCCAACCGCUUUGGAGGAAUGGAGUCAGAUGAUGACGAAGAAGAAGGUUGGACAGCUGUGAGGAGAUAAAACAUUUUUCGCUCGUUGAUCCACGAGGUUGUACAGAUGCCAAAGACCUCAGCACCGGAGUUCCGG